AUUUUAAAAAAAACAUGCAGGCCACAAAGAAAAUGGAUGACUUCUUUCAAAGUAAAACCUGCAUUGUUGUUUGUGGAGCAAGUCGUGGUCUAGGUGAAUGUAUUUCUUUGACAUUUGCAAGGAAAUUUCCUGCAGGUUCAGCAUUGAUCCUCCUUGGUCGCGAUGUAAAAGCACUUGAGAAUGUCAAAUCCAAAAUCAGUGAAGAAUGUCCACACCAAAUGUGUGUUACACAAAAAUUUGACCAAGGCAGCAUUCAGCAGGAAAAUUUUGAUCAAUUAUUUGAAGGAAUUUUCCAGGUUCAUAAAAUUUCUUUGAGUAGUUUUGAGCAAGCUGUAAUGGUACAUUCAGCAGCUACUUUAGGGGACAUUACUAAGUAUGCUAAAGAAAUGACUGAUGCUGAGACUGUGAAAUGUAACUUUGAUGUCAAUGUAACUGGCGCAAUAUUGUUGAAUUCUACUUUCUUGAAAGCUUUUGAUGACAUUUUGAAGCGAGUGGUCAUCAACAUUUCAUCUUUAGCUGCAAUACAGCCUAUUAAAUCUUUGAGUCUUUAUUGCUCAGGUAAAUCAGCCAGAGACAUGUUUUUCCGGACUCUUGCAGUAGAAGAACCAAGUCUCCGGGUGCUUAACUAUGCACCGGGUCCAUGUGACACAGACAUGCAUAAAGACUGUCGAGAAAAGUCAAAAGCACCUGAUACUAAACAAAUGUUUAUUGAUGCAUUUAAUUCUGGGGUAAUUCUCUCAUGUCAGACCUCUAUUGACAAGCUUUGUCAAAUUCUGAUGACCAACUUUGAGUCUGGAGCACACAUUGACUUCUAUGAUUAAAGGAAAUUAUGUCGAAUUGGUCUGUAUAAUAAUUAAUAUGAAGAUUGUUUGAGAUUAAUUGUGCAUUUUAUGUGGCACAAUAAACUUUUCUUAAAACUAUGUUGAUAAUUUUAAUUUUUUAGUAUUACCUAAAGCUUUCUUCCUACUUAGUGUAUGUGUACACUUGACAUGGAGUGUACAUUAUCAAGUUACACUGUGAAUGGGUUUUCAUUCUUUACAUGUUUGAUACUAUAAUAUAUAUACCGGUAUAUGGUUUUGUUGUAAUAAUAUUGAUAAGUUUUGGCAUUCCACUUUUACGAAGUUUAAUUAUUUUUUGUCUUAUAUAUGUAUAUGUAUUUUGAGAUAUUAUCAGUAUUGUUUAUACAUGUAUACCUGAUGUGACAAUAAAGACUGACCUGUAA